CGGGAGGCGGGUGCGACGCGCGCGGGUCGGUUAAACCGGCGCGGCGGCGGCGCGAGCGGCUGAUUGUGGUGCGCGUUCGACUUCGUGUCCCGGCCCGCUGCGUGCCGCUGCCUGACGGCUGCUCCUGAGCCGCGCUCGCGGAACGGCAACCAUGAGUGACAGAAAGGCCGUGAUCAAGAACGCGGACAUGUCGGAGGAGAUGCAGCAGGACGCUGUGGAGUGCGCUACGCAGGCACUGGAGAAGUACAACAUCGAGAAGGACAUUGCGGCGCACAUCAAGAAGGAAUUUGACAAGAAAUACAACCCAACUUGGCACUGCAUUGUUGGCAGAAACUUUGGCAGCUACGUAACACAUGAGACAAAGCACUUCAUCUAUUUUUACUUGGGUCAGGUUGCAAUUCUUCUCUUCAAGUCUGGAUAGAAGCACGGACUCUGUGUGACGCCGCAUGUGGCUGCGGGGCUGCUGUGCCCAGUGCCUUCAGCCUUCCUGAGGACGCAGACCUUGAUCUUCAAGGGCACUGGCAGGGAUCAUGAUAUAGCAGAAGGUGUUACGUUGUGGAUAUGAAAAAUACCAAAAAAAGAGUCUUCCUUAUAUUUAUUUUUGUUUCCUCAAAGGCUUCAUUUUGGCUAUUAGAGCUGUUGGAGGAGUGUGGCCUACGAGUUGUAUGCCAUCUGCAGUAUCAGCCCAUUGCUGCCUAUGCUCUGUGAGUGCUGACGGCGUUCUGUUCCAAAGCUCUCCCUUUUCCUUUCCGGUACCGUUGGAUGUACUGACAGCUGUACUUUGCAGAGCCUGAGCUGUUUCUUUUUCUGCUGAUGCCUCUUGGAGAUUUGAGUUGGGAAAUAAACAUCGAGAUCCACCCG